CCUGUAUCUGCGAGAAGAACAAGCGUGUCACCAACUGCAUGUUGGCUGGCGGCGUGUGCCAGUGCGAGGCGAUCGGCUCCGGCGUGUCCGUGAACUGCGACACCUUGACUUCAAAAUGCCUGUUGAUGAAAGCAGAAAUGACACACAACUCAAAAUCGGGUCGUCGUGAGAAACCAAAAGACGCAUUUGAAGAUACCGAUGGCCUUUAUGAUCCCGAGUGUGAGAAUUCGGGUGCUUUCAAGGCGAAGCAGUGCAAUGGAACCACCUGCUGGUGUGUGAAUACAGCUGGUGUUAGAAGAACUGACAAACAUGAUGCAGACUUGAAGUGCAAUCAAUUAGUCAGAACAAUGUGGAUCAUUAUUGAAAUGAAACAUGCUGAGACAAACACUCCUCUGAAAACAGAAUCUUUGGAGAAGUUCUUCAGGGAAACAAUUACCAAUCGUUACAUGCUGAAUGGACGCUAUAUAACUAAAGUUGUGUAUGAAAACCCCUACAUUAAUAUUGAUUUGAAGCAAAAUUCCUCAGAGAAAUCUGCUAGUGAUGUGGAUAUAGCUGACGUGGCCUACUAUUUUGAAAAAGAUUUAAAAGGUGACUCCAUCUUUCAAAGAAACAAACUGAACAUGAGUAUUGAUAACCAGGCGCUGCAAAUUGAGAAGACUGUGGUCUACUAUGUUGAUGAAAUACCACCAGAGUUUUCCAUGAAGUCUCUGACUCCUGGCCUCAUUGCUGUCAUUGUAGUAAUAAUAGUAGCAGUAGUUGCUGCCAUUGUUGUUCUGGUCUUAACAAGGAGGAGGAAAGGGAAGUACGUGAAAGCAGAGGUGAAGGAAAUGAAUGAAAUGCAUAGAGGACUGAAUGCAUAA